AUGGCCAUUACUGACACAUAUGACAACUACCGAUUGGAAGCCGAACAUGGUUACAAUGAGGGAGCAGGAGUUCAACGAUGCCAGAAGAACAUGUACGACAUGCUGAACGAUUUUCAACCAAGAAUGAAAGAAAUUACCAAAUCUCAUAAGGUGUUCGCACCUCAACGACUUAUCAUGGAAGUGCUCGCUUGGUCAGGAGCUAUGGCAUUUGCCUCCUCCGUAGGAUCCAUUCUGGGAGCUUACGUAUUUUACUCAGUGUUCGCUGCUUUUUUACCAAAAUUCAUUGCCUCCAUACUUGCAUAUGUUGUCAUUCCUGCAGCAAUUCAUGCUAGUAUAAAACAUAAGGAGAGACAAUAUGAAAGUGACUUCAGCAUUCGAAGGAUGAUGAUAAUAUCGUCAUUCGGUCAAGGUCUUUUUGUAGGAUAUACAAUAGGUCAACGCCAUCUUUCAGCACAACCCCUGGCUUUUAUCACCCCCGUCGUCGCUUCGUUUGGCUACAGUCAAAUCGUGCGCCGUGCCAAGGGUGAUCGCAUUGUGCUUCUUGGAGGUACACUCGGUCCUGCUUUGGCCGUACACAUGGUACUAGGAAUUAUCAGCGGCCGUUCAACCUCCUCCUACGAAUUUCUGUCACUGGGUUAUGUUGCACUCACUGGAGUCGCCAUGCAGAUGACCUUCCAAACCACCUUAUGGGAAUACUCAUGCGAAGUUGAGACCUCGGCCAUAAGAAGUGCCGAGAAGUGCAGUGGUGGAGCUUCCCUGGAGAGCUCGCGUCCAGACUUGGAGGAAAACACGUUCAAAGUCAUGGAUUUGAGCCUCGAUUUGGAUAAUGUUGCCGAAACGGCGAUGACUAAUUGGUGGGGUCAGUUGGCCAGAAACGGUGUGGACGAGCCGAAUAUGAAACUUACACCACGGCUUCGUUACCGCCUAAACAGCAUUAUCGAUUUUUCAAAGAUGGCUUGGCACAAUACCGUUAGACUCGGUUGCGCAAUUCAGCGAUGUCCUACCUUCUAUUUCGUCGUGUGUCAAUAUGGUCCGAGGGGGAACAUCAUCAAUGAAAACAUAUACGAUGUGGGAUCAACAUGCUCAAAAUGUCCAACUGGGAGUGUCUGCGAUCGUACAAGUGGACUUUGUGUAUCUUCAAGUGCUAUCAACACGGGAACAAGUCUCUGCCCGGGAAACACUGGCAUGACCGACACGCUGAGGAACGCCUACUUAAGCAAACAUAAUGAACUAAGAUCAAGCAUUGCUAGAGGAACGGGAGCACAACGAAAUGGACCCAUUGGACCGGCGCCGCCAGCCAGUAAUAUGGAAGAAAUGGUAUAUGAUUGCGCCGUUGAAGCGUCGGCGAUUCGGCAUGCUCAAACUUGCGACGGCGAGCUUUCUUCAGAAGGUUCUCGUCCAGGUCUCAAAGAAAACAUUCAGAAGAUCAACGACUUGAGUCUAGACUAUAGCGCUGCAGCAGAACAGGCAAUGACGAUCUGGUGGUCCGAAUUAGCACGAUCAGGAAUCCGAUCGGAUAUGCUGUUCGAUUAUCCGACACGUCACCGAACGACCAAUAUUGUGACUCAUUGGUCUAAGAUGGCCUGGCACGACAACGUACGUUUGGGCUGUGCCAUUCAACGUUGCAAAUCCUUCUACUUCGCAGUUUGUCAAUAUGGGCCUGGAGGGAAUGUCGUUGGCGACUACAUCUACAAUGUGGCCGCUGUGUGUUCAACUUGCCCUUUUGGAACGUUUUGCAAUGCGACUACAGCACUGUGUGUCCGACGGCUUUAG